CUGGCUAGCAGUCUGGGCUCAGCAGGCGGGGAGGGUCCCGCGCGCGCCCGAGGGCCGGGUCGGACUGCUCGGGCCCGCUCAGGAUGAGGACGUGCUGGGCCACCCCUUGCCGCGCGGCGGGGCUCCUCGUGCUGCUCCUCGGGUGCUUUGGGCUUGCGGAGCCCUCUGGCCACGCAGGUAAUGAUCCAUUCACCAUCGUCAAUGAAAACACCGGCAAGUGCAUUAAGCCACUGUAUGGCUGGAUAGUGGCAGAAGAUUGUGAUGAAACUAAGGACAUGUUAUGGAAGUGGGUGUCCCAACAUCGGCUCUUUCAUUUGCAAUCGCAGAAGUGCCUUGGCCUAGACAUUACCAAGCCUGCGGAAUCCUUAAGAAUGUUCAGCUGUGACUCCAGUGCCAUGCUGUGGUGGAAAUGUGAGCACCACUCUCUGUACGGUGCUGCCCAGUACAGGCUGGCUCUGAAGGAUGGACAUGCCAUAGCAACUACAAAUACAUCUGAUGUCUGGAAGAAAGGAGGCUCAGAGGAAAGCCUUUGUGACCAGCCUUACCAUGAGAUAUAUACCAGAGAUGGGAACUCCUAUGGGAGACCUUGUGAAUUUCCAUUCUUAAUUGAUGGGACCUGGCAUCAUGAUUGUAUUUUUGAUGAAAAUCAUAGUGGGCCAUGGUGUGCCACCACCUUAAAUUAUGAAUAUGAUAAAAAAUGGGGCAUCUGUUUAAAACCAGAAAAUGGCUGUAAAGGUAAUUGGGAAAAGAAUGAGCAGAUUGGAAGUUGCUACCAAUUUAAUACUCAGGCAGCUCUUUCCUGGAAAGAAGCUUAUGUUUCAUGCCAGAACCAAGGAGCUGACUUACUCAGUAUCACCAGUGCUGCUGAAUUAACUUAUCUUAAAGAAAAAGAAGGCAUUGCUAGAAUUUUCUGGAUGGGCUUGAAUCAACUGUACUCUGCUAGAGGCUGGGACUGGUCAGACCAUAAGCCACUAUACUUUCUCAACUGGGACCCAGCUAUGCCUAGUGCACCGACAAUAGGUGGAUCGAGCUGCGGAAGAAUGGAUGCCGAGUCUGGUCUGUGGCAGAGUUUUUCCUGUGAAGCCCAACUGCCCUACGUCUGCGAAAAACCAUUAAAUAAUACAGUGGAGUUAGCAGAUGUUUGGACAUAUUCAGAUACCCGCUGUGAUGCAGGCUGGCUGCCAAAUAAUGGAUUUUGCUAUCUGCUGGUAAAUGAGAGUGAUUCCUGGGAUAAUGCACAAAAGAAAUGCAGAGCCUUCGGUACUGACCUAAUCAGCAUUCAUUCCUUAGCAGAUAUAGAGGUGGUUGUCACAAAACUCCAUAAUGGGGAUGUCAAAGAAGAAACAUGGAUAGGCCUUAAGAACAUAAAUGUACCAGCUUUAUUCCAGUGGUCAGAUGGUACUGAAGUUACUCUAACAUAUUGGGAUGAGAAUGAGCCAAAUCUUCCCUACAAUAAAACUCCAAACUGUGUUUCCUAUUUAGGAAAGCUAGGUCAGUGGAAAGUUCAACCAUGUGAAAAGAAACUUAAAUAUGUAUGCAAAAAAAGGGGAGAAAAAAUGAAUGAUACAAAGUCUGAUAAAAUGUGUCCUCCAGAUGAGGGCUGGAAGAGACAUGGAGAAGCCUGUUACAAGAUUUACAAGGACGCGGUCCCUUUUGGAACAAACUGCAAUCUGACUAUCACUAGCAGAUUUGAGCAAGAAUACUUGAAUGACAUGAUGAAAAAGUAUGACAAAUCUCUAGGAAAAUAUUUCUGGACUGGCCUGGCAGAUGCUGAUUCACGUGGAGAAUAUAGUUGGGCAACUGUUGGUGGGACAAAGCAGGCUGUAACCUUUUCCAACUGGAAUUUACUUGAGCCAGCUUCUCCAGGUGGGUGUGUGGCUAUGUCUACUGGAAAGUCUCUUGGAAAAUGGGAGGUGAAGGACUGCAGAAGCUUCAGAGCACUUUCAAUCUGCAAGAAAAUAAGUGGACCACUUAAGCCUGAGGAAGUAGCUCCCAAGCCUGACAGCCCCUGUCCUGAAGGAUGGCAUACUUUCCCCUCAAGUCUUUCAUGUUAUAAGGUAUUCCAUAUAGAAAGAAUUGUGAGGAAGAGGAACUGGGAAGAAGCUGAAAGAUUUUGCCAAGCACUUGGAGCACAUCUUCCUAGCUUCAGUCAUGCGGAUAAAAUAAAGGAAUUUCUUCACUUAGUAACGGACCAAUUCAGUGGCCAGCGAUGGCUAUGGAUAGGUUUGAAUAAAAGAAGUCCAGAUUUACAUGGAUCCUGGCAAUGGAGUGAUCUUACACCAGUNUCCACUAUUGUCAUGGAAAAUGAGUUUCACCAGGAUUAUGACGUCAGAGACUGUGCUGCUGUCAAGGUCAUUCAUAGGCCAUGGCGAAGAGGCUGGCAUUUCCAUGAUGACAGAGAAUAUUCUUAUUUCAGGCCUUUUGCUUGUGACACAAAACUCGAGUGGGUAUGCCAGAUUCCAAAAGGCCUCACUCCAAAAACACCCAGCUGGUACAAUCCAGAGCGUGCUGGAAUUCAUGGGCCUCCGGUUGUAAUUGAAGGAAGUGAAUAUUGGUUUGUUGCCGAUCCUCACUUAAACUACGAAGAAGCCGUCCUGUACUGCGCUAGCAAUCACAGCUUUCUUGCUACCAUAACAUCUUUUGCAGGACUGAAAGCCAUCAAAAACAAAAUAGCAAAUAUAUCUGGCGAGGAACAGAAAUGGUGGAUGAGAACUAGUGAGCAGCCAAUAGAUCGUCAUUUUAUAUACUCACGACAUCCAUGGCACCGCUUUCAUAUGCCAUUUGGAGAUGAGUGCUUGUACAUGUCUGCCAGGACCUGGCUUAUGGACAUAAAUAAACCAGCAGACUGUAGCACCAAGUUGCCCUUCAUCUGUGAAAAAUAUAAUGUGUCUUCAUUAGAGAAAUAUAGUCCAGAUUCUGCAGCUAAAGUGCAGUGUUCUGGCAGUUGGAUUCCUUUUCAGAAUAAGUGCUUUCUAAAGAUCACACCCAAGUCUCUUACAUUUUCUCAAGCAAGUGACACCUGUCACUCCUAUGGUGGCACCCUCCCUUCAGUGUUAAGCCAGAGUGAACAAGAUUUUAUUACGUCCUUGCUUCCGGAUAUGGAAGCUACUUUAUGGAUUGGUUUGCGCUGGACUGCCCAUGAAAAGAUAAACAAAUGGACAGAUAACAGAAAGCUGACAUACAGUAAUUUUCACCCGUUAUUGGUUGGUCGGAGGCUAGGAAUACCUACAAAUUUUUUUGAAGAGGAGUCCCUUUAUCACUGUGCUGUAAUGCUCAACCUCCAAAAGUCACCAUUUACUGGGACAUGGAAUUUUACUUCCUGCAGUGAACAUCACUCUGUAUCUCUCUGUCAGAAAUAUCCAGAAUUUGAAGGCACACAGACUUUGCAGAAUACUUCAGAAACUGUGAAGUAUGGGAAUAACUUGUACAAAAUAAUCCCUAAGGCUUUGACCUGGCAGGAUGCUCUGAGGGAGUGUUUGAAAGACAACAUGCACCUGGUGAGCAUCACCGAUCCCUACCAGCAGGCGUUCCUCACCGUGCAAGCUGUCCGUCACAACUCCUCUUUAUGGAUUGGACUCUCCAGUCUAGACGAUGAACGCAACUUUGGCUGGUCAGAUGGGAAACGUCUUCGUUUUAGUCGCUGGGCUGAUAAUCAGCAAGUUGAAGAUUGUGUCAUAUUAGACACUGAUGGAUUCUGGAAAACAGCGGAUUGCAGUGAUAAUCAACCAGGUGCUAUUUGCUACUAUCCAGGAAAUGAGACUGAAAAGGAGGUCAAACCAGUUGACAGUGUUAAAUGUCCGUCUCCUGUUCUGAAUACUCCGUGGAUCCCAUUUCAGAACUCUUGCUACAAUUUCAUGAUAACGAAGAAUAGACAUAUUGCAACAGCACAGGAUGAAGUUCAUGCUAAAUGCCAGAAACUGAAUCCAAAAUCACAUAUUCUGAGUAUUCGAGAUGAAAAGGAGAAUAAUUUUGUUCUUGAGCAACUUCUCUACUUCAAUUAUAUGGCUUCGUGGGUCAUGUUAGGAAUAACUUAUGAAAAUAAUUCACUUAUGUGGUUUGAUAAGACUAUGUUGUCGUAUACACACUGGAGAACAGGAAGACCAACUGUAAAAAAUGGCAAAUUUUUGGCUGGUUUGAGCACUGAUGGCUUCUGGGAUAUUCAGACCUUUAAUGUGAUUGAAGAAGCACUUUAUUUUUACCAACAUAGCAUUCUUGCUUGUAAAAUUGAAAUGGUUGACUACAAGGAAGAAUAUAAUACUACAUUGCCAGAAUUCAUCUCAUAUGAAGAUGGAAUUUAUAACAUUAUUCAAAAAAAGAUAACAUGGUAUGAGGCAUUAAGUAUAUGUUCUAAAAGUGGAGGUUAUUUGGCAAGUGUUCAUGACCAAAAAUGUCAGCUCUUUCUGGAAGAUAUUGUGAAACGUGAUGGAUUUCCACUGUGGGUUGGACUCUCAAGUCAUGAUGGAAGUGAAUCAAGUUUUGAAUGGUCUGAUGGCAGUGCAUUUGACUAUAUCCCGUGGAAAGGCCAAAAAUCUCCUGGAAAUUGUGUUGUCUUGGAUCCAAAAGGAGUUUGGAAACACGAAAAAUGCAGCUCUCUUAAGGAAGGUGCUAUUUGUUAUAAACCAGCAAAAUCUAAAGAGUUGUCCCCUCCUACAUAUUCAUCAAGAUGUCCAGUGGCAAAAGGGAGUGAAUUCCAGUGGACCCAGUAUGGGGAUCAUUGUUACACAUCUGACCAGGCAUUGCACAGUUUCUCAGAGGCCAAACAAUUGUGUCUAGACCUUGAUCAUUCUGCAACUAUUGUUACCAUAAAGGAUGAAGAUGAGAAUAAAUUCGUGAGCAGACUGAUGAGGGAAAAUAAUAAUAUUACCAUGAGAGUUUGGCUAGGAUUAUCUCAACAGAUGGUUGAUCAGUCUUGGAAUUGGUUAGAUGGAUCAAAAGCAACAUUUGUCAAAUGGGGAAAUAAAAGUAAGAGUGAUAAUACUGGAAAAUGCAGCAUUUUGUUAGCUUCAGAUGAAACUUGGAAAAAAGUUGAAUGUUCACAAGGCUUUGGAAGAGUUGUCUGCAAAGUUCCUCUGGACUGCCCUUCACCCACCUGGGUUCAGUUCCAUGACAGUUGUUACAUUUUUCUUCGAGAAGCCAUCAAAGUAGAAAGCAUAGAAGAUGUCAGAAGUCAGUGUACUGACCAUGGAGCAGAUAUGAUAAGUAUACAUAAUGAAGAAGAAAAUGCCUUUUUACUGGAUACUUUGAAAAAACGAUGGAAAGGACCAGAUGACAUUCUCCUAGGCAUGUUUUAUGACACAGACAAUGCGAACUUCAAGUGGUUUGAUAAUUCAAAUAUGACUUUUGAUAAGUGGACAGACCAAGAAGAUGACGAAGAUCUAGUGGACACCUGUGCUUUUCUGCACAUCAAGACAGGUGAAUGGAAAAAAGGAAAUUGUGAAGUUUCUUCUGUGGAAGGAACACUUUGUAAAACAGCUAUUCCAUAUGAAAAGAAAUAUUUAUCAGAUAACCACAUUUUAAUAGCUGCUCUAGUGAUUGCUAGCAUGGUAAUUUUGACAGUUUUGGGAGCAAUCAUUUGGUUCCUCUACAAAAGAAACUCUGAAUCUGGUUUUGCCACAGUGUUUUCAACUGCCCCCCAAUCACCUUAUGAUGACGACUGUGUUUUGGUAGUUGCAGAAGAAAAUGACUACGCUGUUCAAUUCAACUAAAUGUUUUUUUGGUAAUCUCAGACUAAGCCAUCAAAUGCCUUGACUGCAAUUUCUAUGUGAGAUUUUAACGUAAAACUUGACAAUGUA